ACAGUGAAUGCAACACACGGUUACGCGUCUUCCGGUUGUUUGGUAAACGCAGCUGCACAACAUGAACGCUUCUGUUGUGGUCCGAAGGUUAGCGGCUCUGUCCGGGGCCUCGGCGGUGGCAGCUGGGGCGUACGGAGCUCACGGUUUCAAAAACAGUGACCCUGAUGACUACCAGAGAGUGCUAUUUGAAACUGCCAACAAGUACCAUUUUUACCACAGCCUGGCCCUGCUGGGAGCUGCCCACUCUGGCAAACCUGCUGUGGCCGGUACCAUCCUGAUCGCAGGCAUGGGGAUGUUCUGUGGCGCCUUGUACCACCAGGCUCUGACAGGGGACCCCGGCCUCCGCAAAGUGGCUCCCAUGGGGGGCGUCGCUAUGAUCGCCGGCUGGCUGGCCAUGAUUCUCUGAACUGUGACAGCUCACGUCUUCUCCAAGGGGCCACUAUGUGACACUAAACUGUCAGACUGCUAAUGGAUGAACUGGAGAGCUUGUAAGAGUUUGGCUGAGGGGCAGCGCUGAGUUGUAAUGUCACCCGUCCAACCACCGCCUGCCUUGGGUUGUGGGUGUCACCAGGAGAUAAGGUCACAACAGGAUUAUCACUUUUCGACCGUUGCUUUCUGUUUCUGACUGAGGCCCUUUGAUGAGUUAAACUGGAGAAGAAGAAGAAUUUAUUGCUUAAAACGAAGAAAUUGCUGUGGGAUGUUUUUAUCUAAUCACCAAUAAGCUAACAUACAUUUCAGUAAUCAAGUCCAGUCUUGUAAUUAUUCUAUUUUUACUGUGUUUCCCCCUACAGCAGUAAAUACAGUGUAGGUGACUAAAUAGAGUAAAAAUAUAAAAAUGAAUGUGAAGGCUUUAAAUUCAAAUAAAUAUUUUUCAUUACACCAA